AUGUUGCUCCCACAGUCCCUUCCCCGUGUCCUAACCACUGAAGAAAUUGUUCCAGCGAUGCAGCGCAUAAUCAACGAAUACGAUACCAUCCGCGCCCUUAUCCUUGAAGCCAUUACUCCAACCACUGCAACGUUCAGCAAUGUCAUGCUUCCCUUGGUGCAAGUCGAAAAUUCCGUCCAAGGCGAGCUAGGCAUGAUUUACAUGCUCCAAUAUGGGUCACCGUCCCUCGCGACCCAAAGCGCGUUUGACGAGGCCCGGACGCUGUAUCUCAGAGCUUCGGCACUCUGGACAGCGGAUGAAAAAUUCUUCAAACUUCUCCAAGCGGCAAAAGAGAAGCCGGAUUUUCAGACGCUGGACGGAGAAUCCAAGCACUUACUGGAGAAGGAGCUAUUGGAGUAUAAGCAUGCUGGACUCGGCAUCCUCGGACAUGCGGAGUUGGAAGAGUACCAGAAGUCGCAAAUGGAAAUUUCGGAUUUAGAGAGGAAGUUUCAGCAGAACUUGGCUAGGGAGGCCGGGGGGUUGUGCUUUUCGCUGGAGGAGUUGGAUGGGGUGCCAGAAGAUGAGUUGGCGAAGUGGAACAAUGGUCCAGGAGAAGAGGAACUGAUCAAUGAAAACCACCAACAAAUGAAGAAGUUCGUGCCUUUCGCAAAUGGAGGAACGCUGGCUGUCUUAACGCAUGCCCAUUCUUCAGAAACUCGCAAGAAGAUGUUCCUGGCGGAUAAUUUAAAGCUGAAAGAGAACAAGCCGCUCUUUGAAGAAAUUACCAAGCGCCGCGCUCGGCAGGCACAAUUCCUAAAAUAUACGACUCACGCAGAAUUCAGGAUAGAGAGGCGUAUGGCGAAGGCCACAGCAUGGGUGAAGGGAUUCCUAAGCCAACUGCAGACAACACUUUGCCCAUAUGGCCGAUGUGAGAUUGCAGUAUUGCAAAAUCGGCGACUGGAAGAUUUGCGAGCGAGCGGACAAUACAGUGAUCACCAAGUAAAGAUGGGGUUCCCCCCGUGGGAAAAGCGAUACUAUGAGCAACUGGUGCAACGAGAGUUUGAAAUUGACCAGAUAAAGAUCUCAGAGUUCUUUCCCUUGGAGAGAACAGCAACUAAUAUGCUAGCCAUCUUUGCCUCUUUGCUUGGUCUUCGAUUUGAUUCCAUCCCAGCAGAAAGACUGACUGGGGAUGUCGUCUGGCAUGAUACUGUGCGAGGGUUCUCUGUAUGGGAUACGAAAGACAACUGUUUCGUUGGAUACCUCUAUUUUGACUUAUUGUGGAGGGAGAAUAAGUAUCGCGGCAACCAAAGCGUGAAUAUUCAAUGGCUAUCUACGGCCGGAUGGAAGCAGGCAAUAUCCUUCAACAAUCCUGAUGUGUUCCUUCCCGACUCCAACUCCAACAAGUUGUGCCUUACUCAAACAUCACCAAGUAAGAUGGGUCAUGGUAUCCAUGACCUACUAGCCAGGACUAAGUACAUCCGCUUCCAUGGCUAUAGACUGCCCCCUGACUUUGGUGAGAUGCCCAGCAUCAUGCUUGAGAAUUGGUGCUGGAUGAAAGAUGUCCUAGAGGAACUAAGCUGCCAUUACACCACACUUGAUGAGAACUAUUUAGCAGAUUGGCAGAAACAAAACCCCAGCGAGCCAAAUCCGCCGACGAAAAUCCCAGAGGGCUUGGUAGAGAACCUUAUCGAACAUCGGUAUUUUAAUAGGGGACUCUAUCAUUUGUAUCAGCUGUCAGUAUCGAUCUUCGAUCUGCAAAUACACUCGUUGAGUACAGAUAAGGAGAUUGCGGACCUCGAUGUCCAGAAUAUGUGGUAUGAUCUCCGCGAGGAGAUAGAGGGAAUGGAUUUUUCGGAAUGCAGAGAUGGAUUUGCGUUUGGGACGUUCACUCAUCUAACGGCCGGUUAUGACGUUUGCUACUAUGCUUACUUAUGUUGCACGGCCAUGGCCCAGGAUUUGUUCCUCUCUGUCUUUGCCCAUGACCCAUACAACAGAGAUAAUUGGGAUAAGUACCGUCGAGGAAUUCUGGAGUAUGGUGGAAAGGAGCAGAACCUAUUGGGGAUGCUGGAAAACUUCCUGGGACGACCUCCGAACAUGAAUGCCCUUGUGGAAGGUCUAGCACGGGCACAAAGCCAGAGCUAG